CAUCAACUCCGCAAGGGAAAACCAUUCACCUUCAAGCUUGUUGAAACAUGGCCGGGACGUCUCGUUUGGGGCCCUGUGGAGGCGGCGGAGGCGGUCAGAGAGACAUGGACAUCAGCGCUGGCAACCGCAUCUUGAAGGUGCAGCUUCGUCAUGGACAUGCAAUUGAUGCAAUCAAAAUCAUGUACCGGCGCAACGGCGGAGACGUGUGGACCGACCAGUGGGGCGGAGGAGGAGGGCAGUUGUCCGAGUUCAACCUGGAUGAUGAUGAAUCCUUGAGAUCCAUAAGAGGUCACUACGGCGAGUUCUAUGGCGUCUCCAUCCUGAGGUCGCUGACCUUCGUCAGCAACAAGCGCACGUACGGCCCGUUCGGCCGCGAAGAGGGAGUCGCGUUCACCUUGGAGGCACCUGGCAGAAGGAUCGUUGGCUUCACCGGUCGCUCGGGCUUAUACCUCGAUGCACUCGGCAUCUACGUGGCUUAGCCUCCCUCCGUUAAUCUGAAUCCAAUCGCCAUUAAUGAAGUCCGUAAAAUAAGAACCAAGAAGCUAUAUAUCAUAUCGUCGUCAGUAAUAAAGUAUGGUUGUUGGUGUUCUAAGAAGACAAAGCGAUGGCCUGUGUGUGUGUCUGUUCUAAGUAAGAAACUAUAUGGUUUCAUACAUACAGUUUCUUUGUUUGAUUCACCGUAAUAUUUUUGUGAGACUUAUUGUGGUCGAUUUUCAUGUGACAUUGUAUUAUCAUAUGUUUGAUAUGAUCAAAUUUGAUUAUCAAAUUGUCUUAGUCAAA